AUGUCGUACAGAGCAGCUAAUGCUGGCAAAUUCCCUACCUUUUACGCUACUUUCAAGGAAGUGGGAGGUAGUUAUUACGUUGUCAGGGAUAUCCUUCAAGAGCUGAAACUCAAACCAAAUGCACCGUUGCCAAUCGUAGCUAAAGCCCUCUCACAAGCCCCUGCUUUUGUACCAAUUGAUACAUCCUCUCAGACUUUGUAUGAUGCAGAUACAGAGCAUGUCUCUUCUGUGGUUGCUGACACUGUGUUUCAAGAUGGGAGCCCCGAUACCAUUGAGACAGGAAGUGAUCAGGGUCCGAGUACAAAAGAUUUCUCUCGCCCUAUUUCUGAUGAAAGUGAUCUCCAGGGAAACGAUCUUGUCAUUGCUGAGACAGGAAGUGAUCAGAGUCUGGGUACAAUUGAGACAGGAAGUGAUGAAAUAGAUCUUCAGGGAAACAAUCUUGUCAUUGCUGCAACACAUGACAAAACAGCAACGGAGAUAGCUCCUAACGAUGACGUUGACAGUAAAUGCGAUAGCGAUAGCAAUAGUCAUCUUCCCGAAAGUCAGACGUUGGUAUCAGAGGAAUGUUUUAAAAACUCAGGGGGUGAGGAAGAGGAAAAAUUGACGAAAUUGGGUAGUCAAGAGUCAAAAGCAGACCAUCUCGAAGAAAUUGCCGUUUCAGCCAAUAUUUUGCCUACUGAGACCAGACUAGUUUCAGCGGAAAAGGAUGGUGAAGUGAAAACAGGAGAAAGGUCAAGCGCUUGGAGCAAUAUAAUGUCAUUGGCCAAAGAUUUUGCUAACUUUUGGAGAAAAGAGUAA